UUUGAGCCAUGCAGAAACUCAGAUGAAAGCAAGAGUAAUAACGAGAGCAUGUUGGGCGCGGAAGGCGUAAAGGAAAACACAAAUCCGCGACCAGAAAAUUCUGACUGGUAUGUAGCAUAAAACAGCGAUGUUUUCAUCUGAUAUUGUCCAUGUACUGCAUUCAGUGUACUCAUACAACAAGACUACGAAUAAAAGAUAUUUCACUCACUUGUGUACUUUUUUUUUUUUUUUAAACCUUGUUUUAUUUGGCCCUGCAGCAAGACCAAUUUGACGACUCAUUUCAUGUAGUGCAUGUACAAGUCACAUUUGUCAAAGCUUUCACUGUCACUUUUGAGGUCAAGAUUGUAAUAAUACAGAGAAAACUAAGCCACGGGAUCCGAAAAUCCUCAUUCGGAUCAACAUUUAAAUAUUUUUUCUGGUACAAACUACCAAUAAAAAUAUUAUGUAAUCCAAAUGGCUAAAUACUAAUUUUAUUCCUUGACACAGCAUCAGUUUCCUUUUCUUAACCGCGGAGCAUUUCUAAAAUCUAGGUGUUUAUGCGAGAACUUCCAGGUUAUGGGAAGAGUCAAGGCCUGUAUUUGCUGACAGGAAAUAACAGCAGUGAAAAAUAAAAUUAUUGAGGCAGUUACCAGUGGUGAAUGUCAAGAGGAGCCUAAAUGCAUUAUGCAGCAUCCAGGUUUUCAUCCAGAUUGUAUAAACAGCUGGGUCCUACAGACUGCCUGGUAUCAGUACAAACAACUGUGCAAAGAUUCAUACAACGGCCCUGAACAUAAAUUAUUAAGACAUAUUGCCUACAGACAGCUGGCUCGGUGGUGCUGGGGAAUACUGGGCAAGGAAAUCAGGGUAGUUAUACCAUCAUGUGCUGUUUUGUGCAUACGAAACUUUUAUCCUCCACCAGGGCCAGAAGAGUUUGCCUUUGAAGGUUUUUGCUAUACCGACAAGUGA